UAAACUUUAAAAGGAUACAAAACCCUAUCUCCCUGUUCUGCCUUGACAACUUCACAGAGAGCCGCCAUCAAAAACCAAAACCAUCGACUAAAAAUGUCUACCGGAGAUGCAACUCACACGUCGGUGGCCGAGAGAGGCACAAGAAAGAGGAGAGUCGGCUUAAAGAACGGCGGAAAGUCAAAGAACAAGAAGCAAAAGACACGACCUCCUUCCUCCGACAGGUUCAAGCUCACGCAGAAGAAGCAAAAGCUCUUUCAGAAGCGAGCAAGAGACUACAACUCAGACGACGAAGAAGAAGACGAAUCUAAGAAGGCGCCAGAGGUAACCAUCCGCGAGAAGAUAUUCUCUGAUGCUAACAUGGGACCGAACUACGACGAAGUCGAAGAGGAAGAAGAUGGUUCGGACAAGGACGAGAACUCUGAUGGGGAGGAUCACGGGGAGAUUCAGUCUGGGAUCACUAGGUUCGCUGCUGAUGAUGGAUGUAAUGCGUUCAAGAUGGCUUUUAAAUCUAUCAUGAAGAGUAAAGGAGAUGAUGCUUUGGGUCCUGUUUUAUCAGCACAGAAGAAUCUAAUAGCUCAGAAGCUAGCUGAAGAGGAAGCUGAGAAGAAGGCUAAGGGUCAGGCUAGAAAGGCAAAAUAUUUGGUUGCUGAGAAAGGACAUGUUAAACCUGCUAACCAUUUGGAGUCUCAUGAGAAGGUUCUUAUAGGUGUUGCUACUAAAGGAGUGGUCAAGCUUUUUAAUGCUGUAAACAAGGCUCAACAUGCUCAGAAGGGGUUGAAUGCUUCAAGGUCAAAAGAUGCUAAAGUGUUAAAGAAGCGAAGAAAAGAAGCAUUCUUCUCGGAGCUGGGGAAAACACCUAGAUCAGACUCCAAGGCUCAAAAAUCUUCAAAUGCCAAUGAAGAAGAAGCUCCUGCAUGGGCUCCUCUACGUGACAACUACAUGUUAGCAAACCCAAAGCUGAAGGACUGGGACAAAAAACAGGAAACAAACGAGGGAGAUGAUUUUGCUGCUAUGUCAGGAGAUGAGAGUUAUGAAGAUUGAGUUACCAGUUGUUUGUAGUACGUGCAGCUUUUUAUUUGAUCAAUAUGAAUGAAUUCUGUUUUGUUUUUUUGGUAGUGCAAAAGAAACUUGAAAGCAAAGAUAAUGUAACAUCAAAGAUAUAAAAAAAGAGUUAUGAUU